UUCCGCGCACGCGCGCAGAGCAGCUGUCCCCGCCGGCGCUCCCGGUGCCGCCGCCGCCAUCACCCGUCAUGGUGCUGGACCUGGACCUGUUCCGCGCCGACAAGGGCGGAGACCCCGCCAUGGUGCGGGACAUGCAGCGCAAGCGCUUCAAGGACCCCGGGCUGGUGGAUGCGCUGGUGCGAGCGGACGGCGCCUGGCGGAGGUGCAGGUUUCGUGCCGACAACCUGAACAAGCUGAAGAACCUGUGCAGCAAAACCAUUGGGGACAAGAUGAAGAAAAAGGAGCCAGUAGGGACGGAUGAAUCUGUACCAGAGAGUGCACAGAACCUGGAUGAACUCACGGCUGAUGUCCUGGGGUGUCUCCAGGUGUCCCAGAUAAAGAAAAUUCGGCUGCUCAUUGAUGAGGCCAUCCUGGAGUGCGACUCCGAGCGCCUGCGGCUGGAGGCUGAACGCUUUGAGAGCCUCCGGGAGAUUGGGAACCUCCUCCACCCCUCUGUGCCCAUUAGCAACGACGAGGAUGUGGACAACAAGGUGGAGCGGGUGUGGGGUGACUGCAGCUGCAGGAAGAAGUAUUCUCAUGUGGAUCUGGUGGUGAUGGUGGAUGGCUAUGAGGGGGAAAAGGGCGCCGUGGUGGCUGGCAGCCGUGGCUACUUCCUUAAGGGCCCGCUGGUGUUUCUGGAGCAGGCGCUGAUCCAGUAUGCGCUGCAGAGCCUCCGUGCCCGGGGGUACACCCCGGUGUACACCCCCUUCUUCAUGCGCAAGGAGGUGAUGCAGGAGGUGGCCCAGCUCAGCCAGUUUGACGAGGAGCUUUACAAGGUGAUUGGGAAGGGCAGUGAGCGGGCGGAGGACAGUUCCAUCGAUGAGAAGUACCUGAUCGCCACGUCCGAGCAGCCGAUCGCCGCCCUGCACCGCGACGAGUGGCUGCGGCCGGAGGACCUGCCCCUCAAGUACGCGGGGCUCAGCACCUGCUUCCGCCAGGAGGUGGGGUCCCAUGGCCGGGACACCCGCGGCAUCUUCCGCGUCCACCAGUUUGAGAAGAUUGAGCAGUUUGUCUACUCCUCCCCCCAUGACAACAAAUCCUGGGAGAUAUUUGAGGAGAUGAUGGCCACAGCUGAGGAAUUCUACCAGUCCCUCGGGAUUCCCUACCACAUCGUCAACAUCGUCUCAGGCUCCCUGAACCAUGCAGCCAGCAAAAAACUGGAUCUGGAGGCUUGGUUCCCUGGCUCUGGCGCCUUCCGUGAGCUUGUCUCCUGUUCCAACUGCACUGACUACCAGGCCCGGCGCCUGCGCAUCCGCUAUGGCCAGACAAAGAAGAUGAUGGACAAGGUAGAGUUUGUGCACAUGCUGAAUGCCACCAUGUGCGCUACCACCCGCACCAUCUGCGCCAUCCUGGAGAACCACCAGACCCCUGAGGGCAUCCGCAUCCCUGAAAAGCUCCAAAACUUCAUGCCUCCAGACCUGCGGGAGCUGAUUCCAUUCAUCAAGCCGGCACCCAUUGAGCAGGAGCUCUCCAAGAAGCAGAAGAAGCAGCAGGAAGGAGGGGGCAAGAAGAAGGCAGGGGGGGGACGUGACCAGGUGCUGGAGGAGCAGAUGAAGAACAUGGAGGUCUGAGGGUGUCCCCCUGCACCCCAAGGACUUUGAGGGCCUCCCAAGUCAUCUCACCUUCAUUGCCAGGCUGUGCCCUUCAUCAUCGUCUUUUCUUGGAGGGGAGUCACCGUAUGUCCCCCCUGUUCCCACAAAGAACUGACACUGUCAGGGUGCUGCCCCUCUCCCUGUGUGUCCCCCUUACCCUGCUGAGUCGGGCUGCGAUUCCCCUGUGUCCCCCUCAUGCUGAGUGGUGCUGGGGACCCCCGUGCCCAUGUAACAUGACCGUCCUCCCUCCAAAAUAAAGCCAAGAGCUGCUGA